AUGCAUCUAGAUCACAAAGUACCAUGGAACACAGCAGCCGCACACAUAAAUAUCAUAAGAUGCAAUCCUCAUUUCACACCUCGACGCACCGACUUCUUCGCCCGAAAUAAACCCACGGAGUCAUGCGACCUGAACCACUUUCGUCGCACCCUUACCAAGACGAUCCGCGAAUUCUCACGCACCGAAGAAACCAAGCCACUCAACCCUGUUCCUCUGGAAAGCCUCAUAUCUGAUGAUCUACUAUCAUCCCCCGAACGCCACUUCGGCCUCGGACCCCAUCAAAAAAACUCCGCCCUGCAUAACCCCCUAUCUACCAAGCACCGAGACAUCCAAUACUGGAUCGACAGCGCUAGCUCUAGUGAUGAAAGCUACCCUAUAAGCUACUGCAGCGGAGACGGGGACCUCGCCGACGCAGUCAAAAUGCUGAUCAUCAUAUCCGCAAGCGCGAAAAAGAAUGAUCCCCUAUCAAGGCAAAUGUCACGAGAAGCUUUUUCCGCUCUGAUAACGCUCUCGCGCCAUCCCCAGGUACCUUUGCAUACCCUGGCAAACAUCCACUGGGGUCAUGCGUUUGGCGUAGAGCUCGUUGCGGAGCCGGCGUUGACGAUAUAUGUCAUGGUUAAUCUGAUGGAUGCGCUGGUCAUGCAGAAACGGUUGAACGGGGAUGACAAGAAUGUAGCUUCACUAAUGGAAACACAAACAUUUCAGUACUGGGCGCGUCAUGCCCUUGCGGACUAUGAUUAUCCGACGCAGAAUGUUCCGCAUCGGGAGUUUUGGAAUCACUUUGGGGUCACGGAUAUGUGGCCUUUGCAGCAACGGUGUGAGGAGGGUUUUGAUGCAACCUUGAAGGAUGAGGGUAUCACUGAUCCGUUGAGGGGGGAGAGUGAAGAUAUUAGAGUCCGCUUGAAGGAAUAUUUGAACACCUGUUUCGCUAUAUUGUACAUAUACGAUAUGCUGCUGCGGGAAUGGUACGGGGAGGAGGAAGCUGACGAGAAGUGGAACUACUGUAUUGGUUCCCUCUUUGAGUCUUGGGGUUGCAAGGUCUAG